GUGAGAUCAUCCAUUGCAGUUCAAGGAAUAAUGCAUAAUGGAUGUUGAAGCAACGUAAGAAAUAGGUAAUUUCCGUAGGUACUUAAGCAGAUACACCCACAUACACCAAAUGAAUGUGCCAAUGUUAGUUAAAGCGUGCAUCGAAGGGAUUAUACCUUCCCAAUCACAAUCCAUUGCAGGUAAUUGGACAACAAACCUAACCUGGCAGAUGAAGGGAUUGCAGAAUACUUCCACCAAGUCGAAUAUUCUUUCAAUUUUCAAAUUUCGUCUCAUUGUUUAAAAUAUUUGUGAGCUUUUCAUGGACAAAUUACGUGAGUUCCUAUGUUAAAGAGCAUUUGGAGGACCCACCACCCCGACACACAUUACCCCACAAUUUUCACAGCAUAUAAUUCUUUUGCCACCUUUGUGGCUUUCCUCCACCUGAUCUAAGUUGAAUAUUCAGCCGAUAUCGAUUAGUAUGUCUUGUUAGCCCCAAGAAAUUUGACCGUCUGUGGAACCUUGUUUUUUUCCUUAUGUUCAAAUGUGCUUGGAAGUUAAAACAUUUCAUUGAACGAGCUGCUUUGAAUCGAGGACCAAAGGACCUGAUGCAUUAAGACUUGCGCACAGAGGAUAAUUACUGCUGGGAAAAGGAAAUGAUGGAAGCAUGGGUGUAUGGAGUUAUUGGAGCUGGUGCUGUCAUUAUUCUUGCCUGCCUACUUUUCAUUGUAUACCAGGUUUUUAGUCUCUUUUACCAUGGCAUGCAUAAAUCCAUACUGCCAUUCUACUGUACAAAAGUAGAGGAGUCUUCAGACUAUAAAGAAACUAAGAAAGGCAGAGUACAAUCCUUCACCUACACGGAAAUAGAAGCUUUCUGUGAAGGAUUCAGUAAUCUUGUAGGGGAGGGCUCUACCUGUUACAUUUACAAAGGUAUCUUAUUAGAUGGCACAGAGAUUGCAGUCAAAAGAUUCAAAGACAUGGUUCAGGAUCUGCCUUACACAGAAAGAAAAUUUCAGUAUCAGGUAGAGUUAUUAUCUCAAGUGCAUCAUCCGAAUUUGGUAAGCAUUAUCGGAUAUUGUGAAGAGAGAAAUUCCAGGAUGCUCGUUUUACAGUAUGCUCCGAAUGGCACACUUUCAGAAAAUUUACAUGGUGGUGAACAACUUUCAUGGAGGCAAAGAAUGAGGAUUGCACUUGGGACUGCAUAUGGCUUGUCCUACUUGCAUUAUUCAUGUAACCCACCAUUGUUCUUCCAUGGAAAGUUCAGUUCAUUAAAUAUUCUGCUAACCGAAGAUUAUGCAGCCAAGAUUACAGGUAUCGAGAAGAUGUCAGAAAAAGCAUUGGAGCUAGAUUUGAAACCAGAUAAAGAGAGAGUAGUUCAAGUACAGACACAGAGAGUGGAGAGUGGCAGAGCUGCUGAUGUUUAUGCAUUUGGCACACUUCUCCUGGAGCUUAUUUCAGGCAGACAAGCAUCAAACCAAAGCAUUUUGACGCUCGUUGACUCGGCAAAGCAAUAUCUCCAAUGUAAUGAUAAGAUGACAGACAUAGCAGAUCCUACACUGAAGAAUAUCAUUCAAAGAGAACUUAAUGCUAUAUGUGAAAUUGCUUGUCUAUGUAUUCUCCAAGAAGUUGAAACCAGACCAAACAUGGAAGCUGUCAUUCUAAUGCUUGUGGAAGCACUGGGUAUUGGUUCUGAAACUGCUGCACCUAUAACGAAUCUGAUAACAUUAAGAGGCCUUGUGGAAAACGUCUAGGGAAAUGAAGGUUUUCAUUUGGAUCAUGUGUGGAUGAAUAUUACUAGCAAAAAUGAUCAUAUAUCACACUCUCCAGUUUCAAAUCUAAAUGCAAAAAUAUUUCUUUCUUCAUGUAGACUGGAAAAAUUCUAAGUGCAAUCCAGGAUAUAAGAACUAAAUUGUAAUCCAUAUGCAAACAUGUUGUUGAAGUCAUACUUAUUAGGAUUUUGAGAGUUCAUAAGGCAUGUUCCAGGCUACAGCACAAUGGAUGGUAUGAACUCUUGUGGAUGGCAAAGCAACCUCAAUAUCAUAAGCACAGCUGCUUUGAGUAUUGCAUGCCAAUCAUAUAUUUUUCAUAUUGCAAGAAUGUUGAAUCAAAAGAAGCCUAGCAACAAAAUAUCGAGUACUAGCAGAAUUUAAAAAAGGAUUCUUUCCUGACAGCAUCUCGCCCAUGUGGUUAUUCUGUGAAGGGCUUGUAAUUUCUUUGUUAUGUAUUAUGAACGUAGCAUCAAGCUAUAAAGUUGAGAAUCAGCCAAUGCUUGGUACAGUUUUAUAGAAAUGGUGAAUUUUAUGACGUUUGUGGUC